CUUCCAAGUCUCACCAUUUGAUGAGAUAUUGCUAGCUGUCACGUUGUGUCGUCGAUCUCCGAUCCUUCUCGCAGUAUCGUUGAACGACCGAUCGAUCUCAAGCUCCUUCUAGCUGCUAGAUCGAGCUUGCUGCUAUCUUUUUCGAUCGAUCGAGAAGUAGUAGCUAGCUAGUAACGAUCCACUAACUAGCUCGAUUGAUCGACAUGAGCAGCCUUGACACCAACCCUGCCACCUUCUGUACCGGCGAUGCCGAUAGCAGCUUCCAGCCUCUCAACGCCGACGACGUCCGCUCCUACCUCCACACGUCCGUCGACUUCAUCUGCGACUACUACAAGUCCGUCGAGUCCCUGCCCGUGCUCCCCAGCGUCGAGCCCGGCUACCUGCGCCGCCUGCUCCAGCCGGCCCCGCCCACCUGCUCCGCCCCCUUCAACGUCACCAUGAAGGAGCUCCGCGAGGCCGUCGUGCCCGGGAUGACGCACUGGGCCAGCCCCAACUUCUUCGCCUUCUUCCCGUCCACCAACAGCGCCGCCGGCAUCGCCGGGGAGCUCAUCGCCUCCGCGAUCAACAGCGUCGGCUUCACGUGGCAGGCGUCGCCGGCGGCCACCGAGAUGGAGGUGCUCGCGCUCGACUGGCUCGCGCAGCUCCUGCGCCUGCCCCCGAGCUUCAUGAACCGCACGGGCGCCGCCGGCCGAGGCACCGGCGGCGGGGUCAUCCUCGGGACCACCAGCGAGGCCAUGCUGGUCACCCUCGUCGCGGCCCGGGACGCGGCGCUGCGCCGGAUCGGGUCCGACGGCAUGGCCGGGAUCACGCGGCUCACCGUGUACGCCGCCGACCAGACCCACUCCACCUUCUUCAAGGCGUGCCGCCUCGCCGGGUUCGACCCCGCCAACGUCCGCUCCAUCCCCACCCGCGAGGAGAAGGACUUCGCGCUCGAGCCGGAGAGGCUGCUGGAGGCCAUGGAGGCCGACGCCGCCGCCGGCCUCGUGCCGGCCUACGUCUGCUGCACGGUCGGCACCACGUCCUCCAACGCCGUGGACCCGGUGGGCGCCGUCGCCGACGUUGCCGCCGGGUUCAAGGCCUGGGUCCACAUCGAUGCCGCCUACGCCGGCAGCGCGUGCAUUUGCCCCGAGUUCCGGCACCACAUCGACGGCGUGGAGCGCGUGGACUCCAUCAGCAUGAGCCCGCACAAGUGGCUGAUGACGUGCCUGGACUGCACCUGCCUCUGGGUGCGCGACUCCCUGCGGCUCACCGGCUCGCUGGAGACGACGCCCGAGUACCUCAAGAACGACGUCAGCGACUCGGGCAUCGUCACCGACCUCAAGGACAUGCAGGUGGGCACCGGCCGGCGCUUCCGCGGCCUCAAGCUCUGGAUGGUCAUGCGCACCUACGGCGCCGCCAAGCUGCAGGAGCACAUCCGCAGCGACGUCGCCAUGGCCAAGAUGUUAGAGGGCCUGGUGCGCGCCGACGACCGGUUCGAGGUCGUCGUGCCGAGGAACUUCGCGCUUGUCUGUUUCAGGAUCAAGCCCCACGGCGGCGCCAUGGCGGAGGACGAGGCCGAGGAGGCUAACCGCGAGCUCAUGGAGCGCCUCAACAAGACCGGCAAGGCGUACCUGGCGCACACGGUGAUCGGCCGCAAGUUCGUGUUGCGGUUCGCGGUAGGGUCGUCGACGCAGGAGGAGAGGCACGUCCGGAGCGCAUGGGAGCUCAUCCAGAAGACCACCACUGAGAUGAUGAUGGAGGCAACGGAGAAAUUAAUAAUGUAGGGGAUUGGUGUUGAUGAUCGAUAGUUGCUUAAAUUGUUUGUACUGUUUCGAUGUGUUUUUUGCCAUUAUUGUACGUUGUUGUAAGUUGUGAGGAAAGCAAGGGUAUAGUCCAAUAAAGCCUUUAUUAGGCUGUUGUGUUCAAUUA